AUGUCCGACUCAAGCAGUGACCUCUUCGAGAAGGAAGAGACGUCCACUCUGCCUCCAUUGUCCAGGAUGUUGAUGUCCAACGACGUAGCCGUUGAACAGACAGCCCCUUCAGAGGAGAGAGCAGGAAUCGGUCACUGGAUGGUCGUCACAGGUAGCCGAUACCUCCUCGUAGCCACAUUCGCACUCCUCCACGGCAUGAUCUUCUCCUACAGCUUCUGGACUUCCCACACAAAGGAGCAUCUUACCCUCGCCAGGUCCACCUUCGGAAUUACCUCGUCCAUGGCAAAAGCCGCUGCUUUGGUCCUCUACUUUGAUCUCGCCGUUCUUAUCUUUCCGGUGUGCCAGACACUGAACUGGAUUCUCUACCGGACCCCUUUGGGUGCUAGCAUCCACCCUGACAUCAGCAUCUUUUUUCACAAAAUGGUCGGCUGGUACUUGGUCUUCUUUGCCUCGGUGCAUACAAUUGGCCAUUGGAUCAACUUUGCCCUGCUAGCUGUGAAAAAUGGCAUGGGCUUCAAGGGCUUUCUCGCCGUUAACUUCGGCACCAUACCGGGCUGGUCUGGAUACGUCAUGCUCAUAACGCUUGGUCUCAUUGCCGUCACCUCACUCAAAAGAUUUCGGCUUGCAAACUUCGAAUGGUUCUAUUACACCCAUCACCUAUUCGUUAUUUUCUUCGUUGUUUCGAUUCUGCACGGUGCCUACUGUAUCGAAAAGGUGAACGAGGGGCCAAGCAGUGCCAGUACAUGCAGCGCCCGAUACGGUCACAUUUGGCAGUGGUGGAUGUUCGGGGGAUUCGGCUACCUGCUGGCGGAAAGAAUCAGGAAAGAAGUCGUCGGGAGGUACCAGACCCACAUAUCGAAGGUCAUUCGGCACCCUUGCGACGUGGUUGAGAUCCAGAUCAAGAGGGAAAAGACACGGAUGAAGAUUGGGCAGUACAUCUAUCUCUGCUGCCCCGAAGUCUCCCUUUGGCAACACCGUCGUCUUAUGCUUACCAGCGCUCCUGAGGAGGAUUACUUAUCUGUCCACAUGCAUUGCACUAGCGACUUCACUCGCUCAAUAGCUGCCUCAGUAGGAUGCGAAUUCAAGCACCAAGAGAAAACAAAGGAUAUGCUCACGUCCAAGGUGAUUGGCAUUGAUCAAAAGGCUGCCAUACUGGACGUGGAUCCUACAAUUCGCAGGCCUCUGCCGCGGGUGUUCAUCGAUGGACCUUUUGGUGGUGCAUGGGAAGACAUCUUUCAGUACGAGAUUGCAGUCCUUAUAGGAGCUGGGACAGGGAUUAUGCCAUUCGCUUCAAUCCUCAAGAGCAUCUGGUACAGAAUGAAUUACCCUCACGAGAAAACAUUUCUCCGAAAGAUAUACUUCUUCUGGUAUAUCACUGGUAAGGCUCAGUCUCAGGCGGCCUCGAACGUCGUCAGCGAUGAUACCUAUGCAAAGCAGAGCGCCGUCACAGGGCUGCGGACACCGACAAUGUUUGGUCGGCCCAAUUGGGACAAUGUCUUCGAGUCCAUCCGCAACCUACACGGUUCUCCGGGGAAGGUGGGCGUUUUCUUCUCUGGACCUCCGCUAAUGGAACGUCAAAUAAGUGUCAGCCGCAACAAGUACUUUAAAGAUGACUUUGAGUUCGUGUGGAGCAAGGGGAACUUCUGA